CACGACUUUGUGUCUGACUGACUUACAAUAUUUGUUGAGAGAGAAGUGAAAAGUUUGUUGAUUAGUGCAAAUUUAAAGGGCAUUUAAUAAAUACUUUUCUUUCAUUUUCCAAGUGUUUUAAGGCACUAUAAUUGUAGUUAAAUACUUUGUGAAUCAUGUCUGUGUCAAGAUUCAUCCGAAAUCCUUUGAUUUUAAAUCAAUCGAGAAAUGUCUAUACGAGUGCUUCAAUGUCCCAAGCGAAUUCGUGGUUCAAGAAAAUCAUGAGUCAAAAUAUCUCACCGAUGGAAGCAUCUAAAGAAUCGCACAGUCGCAUGUUGAGUGAUAAAGAGAUCGUCUAUGCUUUACAUACGCAUAAUGUGAGACCUGAUUCGACACAAAAGUAUCUCGAGAAUUACACAAAAACAGUUCAGUUGAUUGAGUCGAAGAAAGAUCUCGGAUGUGAUUUAGUCGGAAGUUGGUCUGUUCAGGUUGGCGAUUUGGAUCAAAUGUUGCAUUUAUGGCGUUAUACUGGUGGAUUUGAGAAGAUUGAUAUGGCUGAAAAGGAAAUGCAAAGAGAUCAGGACUAUGAGAAGCUCAAAGCUGAAAGAGGUGGCCUUUUGAGAGCACGUCAUCUUCAGUACCUGCUAGCAUUUAGUUAUUGGCCUGUCAGUGAAUCACGCGAAAAGAGUCACAUUUAUGAAAUGAGAAGCUAUCGCCUAAAGCCUGGUACUAUGAUUGAAUGGGGAAACAAUUGGGCUAGAGCCAUCAAUUUUCGUAAGACGAAUAAUGAAGCUUAUGCUGGUUUCUUCUCACAAAUUGGUCGAUUGUACAACGUUCAUCAUAUUUGGUGUUAUGAAAAUUAUCAACAGCGCAAAGAAACUCGUGAAUUAGCUUGGAGCCAACCCGGCUGGGAUCUUUGCGUUCAAUACACAGUGCCUCUCAUACAAGACAUGCACUCCAGAAUCUUAGUUCCGAAUGAAUUUUCGCCAACACAAUAGAUUGCUGAGCUUUUAUUUUUGUAAUAAUUAAAAGAAUUAUAUAUUAUUUUAUGUCUUAAGCAGAUAACUGCUUAAAUCUGUGUCACAAUAUAUAUCGUCUAUGGCAUUUAAUGGAAUGAAAUAAAGAAUAUUGAAAAAGUCCCAAAAUUCGAAUGCAAG